CAUAAUCACAAUAACAUUAGCGUGUGGAAAGUUGUGUUUGGGUGCUAGACCUAGAGCCUAGAAGUAGGUAACGUCGUGUAGAGCAAGCCAGCAUUAAAGUAAUAUUUAGAAGCCUGAUAUAUAAAAUACAUUGGCCUAGGCACCAUGCCUAUGAGAGAACAACCAAGUUUAUUAACUGAAAUUGAAGAUCAUAUACGGACUGCUGUACUAUCAAAGAGAGUCAGAGUUUCCGAGUUUUUCAAAGACUAUGAUAGAUUACGAACUGGCUACGUUACACGCUCAAGAUUCCUGAGAUGCUUAGAUCAAAGUUUUGGAAUCAUAUUGUCUCCCCAAGAUGAGAAUUGCUUACUUAGCAAAUAUGAUGACAACAAUGAUGGAAUGAUCAACUACAGAACAUUUGCAAAUGCCAUUGACCAAGUUUUCAACCCUAAUGCCAUGGAUAUCAAUCCGAAAAAUCAAACUGUUGUGCCAGACGAAUACCUUGGCACAGUACGAUCGGUGCGUCCCCUGAGUCCAGCUUCGAAACACAAGACUGACAUCAUCUUGCAGCAACUGGCCCCUUACUAUAAGUACCAUGGCAUCAACAUUCAAACCAGCUUUGAAGAUUUUGAUAUGCACAACAUAGGCCUAGUGACUGACAGUCAGAAUACAUUGGUUUCACAAUGGAAUCAGGUGAUAAGCAAAAGCCAGAUGGUGCAAGUGUUCUGUACACUGACAUACCAGUAGACAGCAGCAGUGUUCACCUACCACAUCUCAUCUCCACUAUUCGCCACUUUGUCCUUACUAACAGAAUCAGGGUUUGCGAGUAUUUCCAGGACUUUGAUUCUUUGCGUGGACAUUCUAUCCCUCGUAGCCAGUUCAUCAUGGGAUUGACCUCACUUGGAAUGCACGAUAAUAUAACCAAGGCAGAGUGUAAGGCGUUGUGUGACCACUAUGCUAACCCCAAGAAGACCGACCAGGUGUUGUGGAAGGUUUUUGAGAAGGAUAUAGAUACAGCCUUUACUCAAGUUGCACCAAAUUUGGAAAAAACUCCAACUAGCCAAGUGCCUCCACAUGAAGUGUACUUGAUGGAAAAACCAGGAACAAUGGACUGGACGCAAGCAGAUGUUGCAGAAGUCGGAAUUGUCAAUAACGCUAUGGAUAGAAUGCAACAGCGUGUCAUGCAACGAAGAGUUCUCUCUAAACCCUGUUUCCAGGAUUUUGAUCCGCACAAUGUUGGCAUUGUAACAAAAUCUCAGUUCCGUCAAUGCUUAACAUUUCUUGGCCUGAGCGCUUCAGAAUCGGAAAUGUCUGCCCUGGAGUGUAAAUAUUCAAAUGACAUGGGAUUCAAUUAUGUUAGAUUCCUGGAGGAUCUUCAACCUUCCAUAAAGCCUCAACUGAAAUACACAGAGAGGUUACAGGAAUUACGUAAGGUGAAUUCGAAGACCAUAUCACUGGAGCAAAACCCUUUGACUGACUACCAGAGCAUUAUGAACAAAAUUAAGAUUAAGGUUAGCAAACAACGCAUGCGUGUUCUUGAAUUCAUGCGUGAUUAUGAUAAGCUGAGGACUGGACGAUUGCUGAAAACCUUGUUCCGUCGUGCUUUAGAUCUUGCCAACCUUGGGCUCAUGUCCACUGAGACUGCAGUGUUGGAAAAGGAGUAUGAGUGCCCGGCCAACCCUGAUUAUGUACAGUACCUUUUGUUCUGUGAUGAAGUUGAGAGUAUUUUUACGUUGAAGCACCUUGAGAAGACACCGCUGGUGACACCAAUGCAGUUUAAGCCACCUGUGGAAGUAGAUCAAAACGUCUUAUCCGAGGAAGCUGAAGCAAUGCUUAUGAGAACCAUGAGACGAUUGGCUGAGAAGGUCCGUCAACGACAAAUGCAGCUCUUCCCACUAUUUGAAGAUUAUGAUCGCGUGCAUAAUGGCACAGUUUCACGCUCUCAGCUAAACCGGGUGCUUAGUGAGCUUGAGUUGGGAUCCUUAGUAAGCGAAAGUGAAUUUCUCGUAUUAUACAAGAAGUUUGACGUGAAAGUUGGAGGCAAGCAUGAUGUAAAUUACAUAGCAUUCUGCGAUAUGAUAUAUGAACUUGCAAAGUUUGAAGUUGGUAAACCGUGAGCAGCAAAUUUCAUGUAAAUAGUUAAUUUUGAACUUGUAAAUAUAGAUGAUGCCAUGUAAAACAAUAAAUUAUAAUAAUUGACUUUAAAGUGUGUCUGCAGAUUGAUGAUAUUUUACUCUUGAUAAACAAAAGAUGUAAUGUAUAUAAAAGCAAAAUCUAGGAAAUUAAAAUUACAUAAUUUCAAUGUUAAUUCAUAACAAAAGAGCAAUCUGAACAGAAAACUAAUUAAUUCAAAUGUUGUUUUUUUUUCUUUAUGAUUUUAAUACUGUGUGUACUCAAGUUAAUAAUAUUAAUAAUUUUAUUAAGAAGAGAAUUGAAAUAUAAUUAUUAUUUGUAAUGACUUUGAUAUCAGCUGAAUUGACUGGAAAGAACAAAAGUGAAUAAUCUAUGCCAUGAGUGCUUUCAUCAAUAAUAUGUAUAAUAAACAUUGUCUUUCUCUGUUGUCUUUCUAGCGAUUAGUUCUCUAAAAUAUUCUAUAAGGGUUGGUCUCCAUAUUGUUAACUACCGGUAUUAAUAAUUAUUACAAUAAUAUGUCAAAAUAGAGAUUUUGCUGUUCAGUAGGUGAUAAAAUAUGCACACACUGCAAUCCAACAACAGUUGAACAGAAGUGUCAAAUGUGGAGUAUAAACACUUUUUUCUGGAGGUUUAGAAAUCGUCGCUCACAUUACGAACUAACACAAUCAAAGUAGAUUGUGUUAGUUCAUGAAAUCAAGAAAGCUCGUCAAAAUAAGCGCUGUUGUUGUUAAGGACUUUUUGUGUGGUAAAGAAUACAAAAUUGCUUGACAACCAAUACUCGCUCGUUUUGACGCGCUACUGUGAUUUCAAGAACUAACACAAUCUACUUUAAUUGUG